UCCUGGCCCCGCCUCUUAGUUGGUCAUUACACUGCGGACGGGCGUGCAUGUAUACCUGGAGGGUGUUCCGGGGAUCAACGGCCCUGUGGGAAAUUACCUACAGGAGGUUUACAGGGUAUGUUGAUGACAACAAGGCUCGCUUCAUCGAUGUACUUAGAGAAGCUGUAGCCAUAAAAUCUGUGUCAGCCUGGCCAGAAUCUCGGGGAGAGAUCAAGAAGCAGAUGGAAUGGGCCAAGUCCAAGUUAGAAGCCCUUGGUGCAAAAUGUGAGCUGCAUGAUAUUGGCCUCCAGACUCUGCCAGAUGGGAAAAAGAUCUCUCUACCACCUGUGUUACUGGGCCAGCUGGGCUCUGAUCCCAAGAGAAAAACUGUGUGUGUUUAUGGCCAUCUUGAUGUGCAGCCAGCAUUGAAGGAAGAUGGUUGGGACACUGAGCCUUUCGUCUUGACUGAGAAAGAUGGAAAAUUAUAUGGUCGUGGUUCCACUGAUGAUAAGGGUCCAGUUAUUGGAUGGAUACAUGCAGUUGAGGCAUUCCAGAAGACUGGCCAAGAAGUUCCAGUUAAUAUUAAGUUUGUGUUUGAAGGCAUGGAGGAAUCUGGUUCUGAGGGUCUGGACGAUCUUCUCAAGGCACAGAAAGAUGGGUUCUUAGCUGGAACUGAUUAUGUGUGCAUUUCAGACAAUUACUGGUUAGGAAAAAACAAACCUUGCAUCACCUACGGGCUUCGUGGCAUCUGCUACUUCUGCGUUGAGGCAAGAUACUGGUUAUGCUGUGCCCAAGGACCUACAUUUAGGCUGUUUGGGGGUACGUGCAUGAGGGCCCUGGCUGAUUUAAUCUACCUUGAACACCUUCUCGACAACAAGGGCAAUAUUUUAAUUCCCGGGAAAAUGGAUGAAGUUGCACCAGUAACACUGAAGAAAAAACCUGUACAAGAUAUUGAUUUUGAUGUGGGAAAAUUAUCAGCAAGACUAGGACUGGAAAACUUGCAUCACAAAGACAAGGUGGGGACUCUGAUGGCAAGGUGGAGAAACCCUUCUCUCUCAAUUCAUGGUAUUGAGGGAGCGUUCAGCGAGCCAGGAGCAAAAACGGUUAUACCCCGUAAAGUCAUUGGCAAAUUCAGCAUCCGCAUUGUUCCUAACCAAACUCCUGAGUCAGUCAGUAAACUGACUGUUGACUACCUGAAUAAACAAUGGGAAAAGCGAAACAGUCCAAACAAGAUGAAGGUGACUGAACUGGAGGGCAGUGCUCCAGCUUGGAAUGUAGAUCCAAAUCAUGGUAACUUCCAAGCAGGCAGAAGAGCCACCAUGUUAGUAUAUGGGGUUCAGCCUGAUCUCACCAGAGAAGGCGGCUCAAUCCCCAUCACAAUUACGCUGCAGGAAGUUACUGGCAAAAAUGUAAUUCUGCUGCCAAUGGGAGCCUGUGAUGACGGGGCCCACUCACAGAAUGAGAAGAUCAACAUCCGUAACUACAUUGAGGGAACAAAGCUUUUGGCUGCUUAUUUGAAUGAGGUAGCCCACGUUUGAAACAUCUCCAGUUUUCCAACACUUCCAUUCAUCCACACCAGUAUAACCAGAAGCUUCAUGCAAACUAAGAUGAUUUCAAGCUAUUUUAAUGCAGUUCUAUACAUUAUUUGUAGUUGCAUGAUUGAUGAUACUGAUAAAUUGAGUCUGUAUAAGUUGUAUUAUAUUGCUUUUAUCAAUUCCUGAAAAGUAAUGGUACAAAGUCUGUGAUUUCAUUGUAAUUUUUCAAUGCAGCUUAUGGUCCUUUUUUUUUUUUUAUCAUUGUCAGUAAAAUUGUAUGGCCUUUAAACUCAGGACAGUUAUCUGCAUUAAUUGUUGCAACUGGCUGUGAUGAUCUUUAUAUGGUUCUUGGUUGGUACUGAGGUGAAGGAUGUAGACAAGAAUUCAACCUAUUUUCAUUACCAUCUGCCUUGUGUAGUUUUCAUAAUAUGGUAUGUGGCAGUUUUAUCUUUAUUUUUUUUUUCUAAUUCACUGAUAUGUAUGUUUAUUUUAAUGUCCUUUGUAAUUUAAUUUACAUUAUUUUGUAUUGCUAUACAGUACCAAUAUAUUUGUGUUCCCUGUGUGACCAUGACACCCAUAUGCAUCUCUGGACACCCUUGAUGCUAAUGAAGUGUUUUUCCAAGUUUUAGCAUUGAAAUUGGGCUCUAAUUUGGUCAUAACAGUGUCUGCACUCUGAAGGAAGGGUGUUAAUGUUGCAGUUUUAUAACUGUAGUGUAGAGCACCCAUCUGGCAAGAGAGUGAUGGAGUGAAUGAUGAAAGUUUUUCUUUUUCAGGCCACCCUGCCUUGGUGGGAAUCGGCCAAUAUGUUAAUAAAUAAAAAAAAUUGACAAUGAGCUCAUCAUAUUUGUCAUACAAUGUUGAAUGGGAACAAUAAUUAAAUACUUGGUAUUUACUUUGCCUUACAGGGUUUUAUUUCAAUCAAACUUGUUUUGCACAAAUUUCCUUGGGUGAUUUACAGGUAUUUACUGUACAGGAAAGCCUUGCUGAAUAAGACAUUUUAUAUAUGAACUGUAUUCAAAACAUUCCUGUACAGAGAACUGAGCUUAAUAGGUAACUACUAAUUUUUUUUCCCUGUUCAUUAUUUGUAUCAAUGAGCCAAGGAAGAAUUGCCAGAGGUGGAAGAUGGCAUAGUGUAGAGAUGAGAGUAGGUGUAAAAAUACAGCAGCCUGUAUUAGAAAGCAAGGGUAUGGCAAUAUAUUUUCUUAAAAUCCAGGAUGCCAUGGACAUGAGACUACUAAGGAAUGUUGUUGAAUGUGUGACCUUGCUGUUGAAGAAAAUGAAGAUGGUAAGAGAUGCAGUUAUGAGGAGAGAGAGAGUGAAGAGGGGAUUUUUUGAAUUGAAAAAUGUUGAAAAUAAAAGUAUUGAAAUAAAAA